CUAAUCCAAAAGUAAAUGAGGAACUUAGGAAAAGAUUGCCAACUCCAAAUCAACACGGUUACACAGAAUUGAAAAAGAAGCGUACAGCUUCAUUUGAGGGACUCUUCUCUGAAAUCGUCAAGCAAAAACUGGACUCAGUGCCAGAUCAAACAAGUUCAGAAGAACAAAUGGAGAACUGGUCAAAAGAUACACACAUUCUGGAACGGAAAAAAGACUUUUGUGUUGAGUUUCAGUUUCAUCAGAAUUCUCAGAAAAACCCAGAAUUUUUCAUCCAGGCAGAAACUGAAGCACUGAAACUUUCAGAUUUGUCAGUAACCAGUCAAAGAAGAGGAGCCACAAAUGAUUGUAAUUCCAGUCCUGAAGAAUCAAGCACCGUAGAAAGGCAGGCUAACAAGAUGCUCCCUGAAUUUAUAUCCUCAUGGAAGGAUGCUGCAGAUUUAGGUGGAAAAACAGAAACUGCGUUCCUUUUAAAAGAAUUGGACACUCUGAGGGCCAAAAAUAAAAAGCUUCAAGAUAAGCUGUCUGAAAAGGACAAGGAGCUGAAGACAAUGAAACUGGACUUAGAACUGCAAGAGAGAGCUACAGAAGCUAAGAUUGCAGAAAAGAUUGCAGCUCUGGUGGAAGAAGUUUAUUCUGCUCAACGGGAACGUGAUGAGGCUGUCAUGGCAAGGCUUAGAUUAGCCAAUGAAGAGAGAGAUGAAGCAUUUCUACGAGUCCAGCGUUUAGAAGAGUCUCUCAAAGAGCUAGAAAAUAUUAACCCUGAAGAAAAUGACAUGACAUUACAGGAAUUACUGAACAGAAUAAACAAUGCAGACACAGGGAUAGAUAUACUGAAGAAUGGAGCUAUAAUUCUGAAUCGAAUACACAGGACCAAAGAACGUAAAAAGAAAAUAAUAGCUGAGGAAAUGAAUGCAGUAAUAGAACAACGGGAUGCUGCUUUGUCUCAA